GUCAUUCAUCAUAAAAAUUGGAACCUCACUCAAUAAAUAAAAAAUAAUCAAGAAAAAAUAUUACCAUUUUUUGUCUUUAAAAUAAUGGCAUAAAUUAAUAACACAAAAUAAAAGAUAUAAACUCUUGUGUAAAGAGACCAGUGGUAAACUUGUGUAGGACAAUGCCAGAGCACGUAGAGCUACAACAUCUCGUGGACCUGUCAGCGGGAAGUGGAGAUGAGACAAUACCAAACUUACUGGAAAACAAAAGGCCACUUCUAAAACGAUGCCCAUACUUAGGGCUAAUACUCGCGACAUUAUCAUCUCUAUUCUUUUCUCUUUGCUCAGUGAUCGUCAAAAGCCUCGUCAACAUCGACCCAAUGCAACUUGCGAUGUUUAGAUUCAUAGGAGUUCUACUGCCAACAAUACCUAUAGUCAUUUAUACAGAACAGCCUGUAUUUCCUUCAGGUAAACGUGUUUUAUUGGUUUUAAGGUCAAUAGUAGGCACUGUAGGGUUGAUGUUAAGUUUUUAUGCCUUUCGGAACAUGCCACUAGCAGAUGCAUCUGUUAUUGUAUUCUCAGUACCUGUAUUUGUGGCAUUAUUUGCCAGGGUAUUUUUAAAAGAACCAUGCGGUAUUUGGAAUACAAUUUCCAUAAUACUGACGCUUAUAGGAGUGGUUUUGAUUACUCACCCGCCAUUUCUUUUUGGAAGUGAUGCUAUUGCUGAUCACAAUCAGAAUUAUAACAGUUUAAGAGGUGCUGUGGCAGCAUUUAUUUCUACAAUCUUUGGAGCGAAUGCUUAUGUUUUAUUACGGGUACUCAAAGGGCUGCAUUUCUCUGUAAUCAUGACUAACUUUGGUGCUAUAGCCAUAUUGCAGACCUUGUUUUACUCUUUCGUAUUUGGAAUACUGUGUAUGCCAAACUGUGGUACGGAGAGAUUUCUUGUUGUGUGCUUGGCAUUGUUCAGCUAUUUAGGUCAGAUUUUGUUGACAAUGUCUCUGCAAAUGGAACAGGCUGGUCCUGUAGCCAUUGCGAGAUCUGCAGACAUUGUUUUUGCGUUUCUCUGGCAGGUGAUGUUCUUCAAUGAGAUACCGAGCAAGUUUUCUGUGUGCGGAGCUGUGUUAGUUCUAAGUUCGGUACUACUCGUAGGUCUACGGAAAUGGGCCUUGGCUUUACCAGCCGAAUCCCAGUUAAGAAGUAAGCUUGGCGUGUUAGCUCAAUAAGUUAUGUGUAAGACGUAAUUACUUCACACAGUGUACCUUACCAUUAUAAGAGUAAUAUUUUUGUGUGCUCUUAAACCCCAGUUUGUGAUUUUCAUUUUGCUUGCAGCCUAGUCAUCAAUUAUAGUAUUCAAAGCCAAUGCUUGCAGUAUUUAUUGUGGAGUUUAAGAGCCAAAUAGGCCAGUUAACACUAAUUUCUGUGAUUUAAUUUAAAAAAAAAUACAUCUUUUCAAAUUUGGCCCUAAUGUUUAAAAAAUCAUGUAUUGUAUUAUUUCAUAAUAUGGUUAGUGUUACCUGGCCUCUGACCUAAGGUCCAAACUAGAUUCACUUUGUAGUAUAGGACAACAGACACAAUAAUUAAUUAUUAUAGAUAAUUAAGAUACCUUUCACACUAAAAGACUGUUAAAUAAGUCCUCAUGUGUUGUCAUAUUGGCCUCUUGUUUCUUGUGUUCCUCAUUUUAGCUUUAAUUUUAUUCGUGUACUUAUAUUUUAUUAUAUAAGUAUGUCUAGGUUUACACAUGCAUUGCACGUGCUUGUAUGUGGGUGAAUAUAGAGCUUCAUUUUUGUAUUAGUUUAUAAAAAUUUUAUAAAGGUCUACCAAAGUCUCAAAAUGUGGUGCAUUACCCAGAGAUGUUACUGGGAGCCGGCUGUCAUACGAAACGACCUCUGCCCCGCCACUUUGUUUUCGUACCGGGAGUAUGUUCCGAUUUCGCUCCACAGUUCCGGACUAAAUCCUUCGUUCAAAAUCAUCUAGCACUGGCUCACCAAAGCUACCUCAGUGGGUAGUACCGCUGUGGAGGACACAGCUCUAGUGCUAGAAAAGUCCAUAAACCGAACACAGAUGUUUAAUAUUUUGAACCGCGUAGCAGUGGUUGCAUUAUUUCGAAUUAAUUUAUAAUGAAGAAGACAUCCGACCACGCGCGCUCCAGCGCCGUAAUCAAGUCUACGUUCAUCUUUAUUUACCCAGCAUAAAGAUUUUUGUAGGAAUAAGUGAAAUUUGUACAUUUUAAGUCUUUGUUGUUACUUAGAUCUCAAUUAAUACUCAGUAACUACCUACACUCUAUUUAUAAGUGUUUAUUUUUCGUUUAUAAUCAGUGAUAUUUAUUGUUGAAUUCUUUGUUAUAAUAAUUGUUCUCACCAUGUUAAGUUUUUGUCUUUUCAAAAUAUUUUGUGUAUAUCUUCAUACACCUAGGAGUCUGUUCACGAACAUAGGCAUAUUCUUAUUUUCUCUCCUUCUUAAUAACUUUACUAUUAUAUAUUUCGGUCUGAAAUACCACAAUAAACCAAAGUGUGUUGCUUGCCUAUUGUAUUUAGUUAUAAAUAAGUCUGUUUUAAAGCAUUUUUGUACCUAGCCACUAACAUAUCAUCGAAAAUGUAAAUAUCUUUGUCUAUGUUGAAAAUUUUCUAGUCAUAGGCAUUAAACUAGCUCUAUUUUAAGUACUUACCUUAAAUUUUAUCAGUUUUGAAUGCUAUUUUAAUCAAAUAACUGCAUUUUAUUUUACAUGAGCAAUUUAUAAUAUAGAUCUGCUGUAUAAUUUUGAUUGUAAAUAGUCACAUAAUGAUGUUAUGAAUUGUGAUAUUUUUACUUCUAGUCAAGUCUAAUGACUGUAUGCUAAAAUAAAAGUAUGUUAAAUUUACUUGAAAUGUUUAUCAAUCCAUGAGGGCCUAUUAUUUUUAUUAAUUUCCGCGGGAAUGUUAGUUCAUGGGAUUUUAAUAUUUCAGCGAGCGGAGAUGAGCCUAAAACAUUGCCUUAUCAGCGGUCGUAAAUAUUAUUAAUUACUUACACAUUGCUUGGUCGUUAUGUGUAGGUAGUGUAAAUAACACAGGUCCAAGCAGAGUUCCUUGUUGAGCUCCAAAUGUGUUAGUUCUAUAUUCAGACUAAUUUAUUAACUUUAUCGUCGUAUUACUUUUUCUUUUUUAAGUGUUAUUGAAAAUAGAAAA